AUGAGCUGCACAUACCGGCACAGUUUUCUAGAAUCCGACGAAUUCUAUGCAUAUUCUCUUCAUUUUCUUUCAAUAUUCCAAGUUCCACUUCACAUUUUUGGCACUUACAUUGUAUUGUUUAAAACUCCUAUUCAUAUGGAAAAAGUAAAGAGUUCAAUGUUAAUUGUGCAUUUGACGUGAGAUACAUAGCUUUUUGAUUCAAUUUUUUGUGUAAAGUUUUUAGAUUUGCAUGGAUUGACUUAUAUCUUACACUUUUGAGCAUUCCAGUCAUAAUAUUUCCAAUUGUAUCAGGUUAUCCUUUAGGAUUGCUUUAUUAUCUAGGAGUUCCAAUAUGGUUAAUGACUUAUCUUGGAUUUUCUUCACUUUAUCGUAAGUUUCUUUAUAAAAUUGGGAUGGAAAUGGCCCUUUAAAUUGUAGAAAAUAGAAGGAAAAAAGACGAAACUUGUUCUUAAAUACAGAGCAAGUAGCGAGCGAUUGCAACUUAUCACGCCAUCAUUUUUCAGUUGCAAAUCCCGGAGUCUUCUGCUUCUUCGAGAAUCGUUACAAUUAUCUGGUCCGCACUGACACCGCAACUCAAAGCCGAAAAAUCAAACGAGCCCUACACUUUUUCAUCAGCUACUUUUCAUCAUUUCUCGCAUUUAUUCCUGCUGUCCUAGACAAACCGGACCCCGAAAAUGCACGAGAAUAUGCUCGUCAGUAGCUUCCAUGUUUACCCGCAGAAAUUAUUGACAGUCCUCGAUUAUUUAUAUUGGGAAAUAAUACAACUCCUUUUUUAAUGGGUGUUAUACCUUUUCUAUCCAUUGGUUGGACUCAAAUUACAAUAUUCUUCAUUCUAACAUCUAGAUACAUCUAUAAAACAAAAGCUCAAUCCGAGAGAACCUCCAAAAUGCAGAAGCAAUUUUUCAAAGCUCUCUGCAUCCAGCUGCUAGUUCCAGUGGUAAUUAUAAUGAUUCCAAGUGGCUAUGUCAUUUACUCUUGUAUCACUGGAGACUUUGAUUUAGCACUGACAAAUAUCUCAAUAAUAUGGAUUUCAACGCAUGGACUAUUUGCAACUGUUAUAAUGCUUGUGAUUCACAAGCCUUAUCGUCAAGCUUCCCUGGAAGUUUUGAAGCUAUCCAGUGCUCAGGGAUCUGGACAUAUUCGUGUGGUUCCCGCCUCUGCUUCAUAUAAUAUUGAUUGA